UUACCAGUCUAGAUAUCAAGGAAACCAGUGAGUACAUUCUUCUUUUAUGUUAUAAUAAUCUAAAGUAUAAGUAAAAUGUGUUACAUUAUAUAGUAAGUUUUCUAAAAUUAUAUCGGUAAAAUCAUUUCACAUUUAAAACUAUAACUUGAGUUAAUAUUUCAUGGGUUUGACAAAACAUACAUCAAACUUUGCACCCACCCAUCCUUGCAUACAACAAUUCAUCAAUCAUUUCAUUCAUCCACACAUCCAUUCAUUUAUUCCCCCAUCCAUACACUCGUCUAUAGAGCCGUUACUCAUCCAUCCAUGAAUCCACCUUUCAAAACAUCCAUCCAUCCAUCAAUCAGCUCCUAUUUAAACCCAUCCACCAUUACAAAAUUUCACUCGUUCACUAUUUAAAAACUCAUUUCAGCUGUUUUUAUUAGCACAACACCAAGUACUACAGGUGAGCAAUCAGUUUUUUUUAUAUUUUAUUUCUGUCUUUCAUUGAUCUUUAACUGUUUUCCACACACUAUCUUGCCAUCCGCUGUAACACUACUUUUAUUUUACUGAGUUUGUAUUCACUUUGUAAUGCACGUGUCUUAUGAAUAUUAACUUUACUGUUGCUAAUGCAUUCUCCACUUUUCUGUCAUUUCCUCUCUUUCCGUGCAACGUUCGACCUUUAUACGUGUAUGCAUUUUAUUUAAAAACAUGUUUUUCAUUAAAUUUUCAAAAAUAAAAUUUGAUUUCAACUCUUUCAGAAAAUGCAGUUACUGGUAGACAUAAUUAAAUAUUAUUUGAGGUCUUCUUUAAAGAACAAAAACAUUCUAAUUGACAAUUGUUGGUGCAGUUUUAUAAUGCUAAAUAUUAAGCAUACAAUAGAAAAUUUUAACAUAUUUUUAUUUACAUAUAUUUCCUUAAUUUAAAACCAAUGUGUGCUGUACACUCCUAUAGAAAAUCAAGUUAUUUAUAACCAAUUAUUUUUUUUUCAAUAAACUUUGUUUUACUAGAUUUUUAAAACAAAAUACUUUUCAAAAUUUUUUAUUAAACAGUUUUCUCAAGGAAAGGGAUAUUUUUUAAAAAAAAUAUUUCUACUUUUGUAAGAUAUGUUUUUUUUUCUGUUCUCCUUUUAUAAAACAUUAAUAUUACACUUACGCACAAACAAAAUGAAACUUAUUUAAGAUGUAUUAAAAAUAAUUUAUUAUUAAAAAAAAUCAAAAACAGAAUAAUUCUAAAGUAUUUGUUCAAAUUAUUGUUUGAAUUGAACGUUGCAGUUAUUGUGAUUAUUUAGAAUGUUGUUUGAGAAAAGUUUGUGGAGUUUUUUUUUGUAAUUAAUUAUUUUUAAUUUCAGACGCCACGACUGUUUUCUGUCCGGGGAAGGCUGACAUCGUUUUUGUGGUCGACGCCUCUGGAAGUAUCGGGGAGACCAACUUCCAAAUAGUCUUGUCAUUUGUUACAAAUAUAACAGCUGUUCUAACCAGCGAGGGGCAGAGUGACGUCAGAUUUGGAAUGGUCGUCUACAGUGAAAGAGUGACAGAGGUGUUUAACUUGAACACAUUCAACACUAUUCAGGAGAUACAAAAGGUCAGGAGAACGCGACAGUGCUGGAGUUGUAAAAGUAGACAUGAAUGAAGUAAUUUAUUGUAUAUAAUUUUUUUUUUUAAAUAGGAGUUAAUAUAUUUUCAAUUACUUCCAAAUCAAAAUAAAUAUUUUAUAGCCUUCCAAUAACGCAACACUGCAAUUAUAUUAAUUCGACUAUCCCUACCUGGAUAAGUAUUCCAUCAUUUUGAAACAAUUUUGUUUGGAAGAUUGUUUAUUGUGAAAAUGUUGUACAUCUAUGUUUAGGGGAAUGGUUAAUUUUUAAAAUUAUAUUUUAAUACAUUAAUAGUAUAGGGAAGACAACGCUUUGUUGUCAUGAGAAGUUUUUAAGACAACGAAAAGUUUUAAAAAAUAGAUUUAGUCAAAUAUUAUGAAUGUGUUGGGGGGGGGGGAAAAUUCCCUUGGGCCCCCGGGGGGGGGGGGGGGCAAGGGGGCACUUGCCCCCCCCCCGGAUUGAUUGGAUAAAAAAAAAAAGACAAAAUUAGACACAAAAUUUAUUAAAGUAAAGAGAAAAUAAAGAGAAAGUAACUAAGCUGAUGUCCUGUCCAUUCGUUCACCAUACAAAUACGCUACAGAACAUUAAAACUACAUUAAAACUACAUUAAAACAUUACUAAAAAAUUCCCCCCCCCUGGAAAGUUAAUCGAUUUUUGUCCCCCCCCCCCCCUUAGAAAGUUUUCUGCGGGCGCCCUUGAAUAUAGCUAUAUAAAAACUCCAUGAAAAUAGCUUUCCAGUUAAAAAUUAAAAAUAAAACCCACAUAUGAGUAUUCCUUAAAUCUCCUCCCAGCAUGAGUUUCAGGCCUCUCUUCAUUUCGAAAGUGUGUUGCUCCUCACCUUGCUGGCUCACCAAAACAUAACCUUGUUAAAGCAAUUACGUUCUCACUUUCAUUUCAUUGAAACUCAUCUUAAGUGCAGUAAAGUGAUUUAUUUCCUUGUUAACGCCUUGUGUUCUACACUAACUAUCUCUCAGGCCAUCGCCACCGCUCCGUACUUCGCGAGCUUCACGAGAACAGACAAAGGAUUAGACCUGGCUCGUGAAAUGUUGACCAGUGAAGGACGGGUCAAUGCCUCACAUAUAGUUAUACUACUGACCGAUGGAAUAUCUACUGCUCGUGACAAGAGUGAGUCAAGUAUCCCAAGGAAUUAAACUGUUAUGGUUCAUUUUGGCAAAUUUGAAAUGUUCAUUUUUACAACUUUGAAUGGUUCAAUUUGGAAACAUUAAAUGGUUCAUUAUGACAGAUUAAUAAGACACGAACAAAUUGUGUCAAUAGAACAUUAUAAGUUACGCUUUAAAAAUAAUUAUAUAUAAUACACAAUUAAACGUUUCGGCACAUGCCUCCAUCAGUACAAACAAACAAAACACAUUUAAAUAAGAAUAAAUUAAAUUUACAUAAUAUCAAUCUACAUAUCCUACCUAAAACAGAAAAAAUAUAGGAGAGUGCACUGCGCUAAAACCAGACAAAACCAAAGUAAAGAGGAGUAGAAAGGAAGUGAUUUUAGCAUAAUUGUAAAAACCAAACAAUGAAAAAGACAUGGCAGCUAAGUAAAAUUGUGGAUUUGGUUCAUUCCAUAUGGAGACAACGUACCAAAUCUAGUUAUUAAUUUGCUCUCCAUAUAGAUUCUAUCUGCAGUGUUACUAGUAUAGAGUAUACCAGUAACUGCAAUGUCUGAGAUACCAUCAUGGUUAGGGCUAUUGAAAUGUUUGGAGACCGGGCGGAGAGCGUGUUUAUUUAUGUUACAGAGGUGCUCUCUGAAACGGUCCCCAAGGCAACGACCUGUCUCUCCUAUGUAUAGUUUACCGCACUUUUUUGCAAAUGAUGGUGUAAAUCACGUUGCGACUUGUGCAGGUAAAGCCAUCUUUUAUUUUGCAAAUGAUGGUGUAAAUCACGUUGCGACUUGUGCAGGUAAAGCCAUCUUUUAUUUUGCAAAUGAUGGUGUAAAUCACGUUGCGACUUGUGCAGGUAAAGCCAUCUUUUAUUUUGCAAAUGAUGGUGUAAAUCACGUUGUGACUUGUGCAGGUAAAGCCAUCUUUUAUUUUGCAAAUGCUGGUGUAAAUCACGUUGUGACUUGUGCAGGUAAAGCCAUCUUUUAUUUUGCAAAUGAUGGUGUAAAUCACGUUGUGACUUGUGCAGGUAAAGCCAUCUUUUAUUUUGCAAAGAUGGUGUAAAUCAAGUUGCGACUUGUGCAGGUAAAGCCAUCUUUUAUUUUGCAAAUGAUGGUGUAAAUAACGUUGCGACUUGUGCAGGUAAACUCAUCUUUUAUUUUGCAAAUGAUGGUGUAAAUCACGUUGUGACUUGUGCAGGUAAAGCCAUCUUUUAUUUUGCAAAUGAUGGUGUAAAUCACGUUGCGACUUGUGCAGGUAAAGCCAUCUUUUAUUUUGCAAAUGAUGGUGUAAAUCACGUUGUGACUUGUGCAGGUAAAGCCAUUAAAGCCAUCUUUUAUUUUGCAAAUGAUGGUGUAAAUCACGUUGUGACUUGUGCAGGUAAAGCCAUCUUUUAUUUUGCAAAUGAUGGUGUAAAUCACGUUGCGACUUGUGCAGGUAAAGCCAUCUUUUGUUUUGCAAAUGAUGGUGUAAAUCGCGUUGCGACUUGUGCAGGUAAAGCCAUCUUUUAUUUUGCAAAUGAUGGUGUAAAUCACGUUGCAACUUGUGCAGGUAAAGCCAUCUUUUAUUUUGCAAAUGAUUGUUUGUACUGAUGAAGGCAUGUGCCGAAACGUUUAAUUGUGUAUUAUGCAUAAUUAUUAUUAAAGCGUAACUUAUAUUGUUCUAUUGACACAAUUUGUUCGUGUCUUAUCAAUCUAUUUUAAAGCUUUAUCGCAGUCCAACACUUUUCAUUUUGACAAUUUUGAAUGGUUCAUUUUGGCAACUUUAAAUGUUUCAUUUUUUGCAAUUUGAAAAUGCUUACGUAACAUAAAUUGUUUGAUCUCUUCCGUUAAUAGAAUAUUAUUUGAUAAUUUAAAGAAUCCUUUUCCCUUUAUUUUGAACCAAACAAACGAAUUUGAAAUUUAAACAAUGCUGGCUAAACGUCUGGUUGUGUUUACUUCGGAUUUCUUAUUUGGUUCUUUGACAUAUCCUAUUUCUUAAUCCUGUUAGUUUAUUCUAGUUCUAAAUCCUAUUAGUUUAUCCUAGUUCUAAAUCCUAUUAGUUUAUCCUAGUUCUAAAUCCUAUUAGUUUAUUCUAGUUCUAAAUCCUAUUAGUUUAUCCUAGUUCUAAAUCCUAUUAGUUUAUCCUAGUUCUAAAUCCUAUUAGUUUAUCCUAGUUCUAAAUCCUAUUAGUUUAUCCUAGUUCUAAAUCCUAUUAGUUUAUCCUAGUUCUAAAUCCUAUUAGUUUAUCCUAGUUCUAAAUCCUAUUAGUUUAUUCUAGUUCUAAAUCCUAUUAGUUUAUCCUAGUUCUAAAUCCUAUUAGUUUAUUCUAGUUCUAAAUCCUAUUAGUUUAUUCUAGUUCUAAAUCCUAUUAGUUUAUUCUAGUUCUAAAUCCUAUUAGUUUAUUCUAGUUCUAAAUCCUAUUAGUUUAUUCUAGUUCUAAAUCCUAUUAGUUUAUUCUAGUUCUAAAUCCUAUUAGUUUAUUCUAGUUCUAAAUCCUAUUAGUUUAUUCUAGUUCUAAAUCCUAUUAGUUUAUUCUAGUUCUAAAUCCUAUUAGUUUAUUCUAGUUCUAAAUCCUAUUAGUUUAUUCUAGUUCUAAAUCCUAUUAGUUUAUUCUAGUUCUAAAUCCUAUUAGUUUAUUCUAGUUCUAAAUCCUAUUAGUUUAUUCUAGUUCUAAAUCCUAUUAGUUUAUUCUAGUUCUAAAUCCUAUUAGUUUAUUCUAGUUCUAAAUCCUAUUAGUUUAUUCUAGUUCUAAAUCCUAUUAGUUUAUUCUAGUUCUAAAUCCUAUUAGUUUAUUCUAGUUCUAAAUCCUAUUAGUUUAUUCUAGUUCUAAAUCCUAUUAGUUUAUUCUAGUUCUAAAUCCUAUUAGUUUAUUCUAGUUCUAAAUCCUAUUAGUUUAUUCUAGUUCUAAAUCCUAUUAGUUUAUUCUAGUUCUAAAUCCUAUUAGUUUAUUCUAGUUCUAAAUCCUAUUAGUUUAUUCUAGUUCUAAAUCCUAUUAGUUUAUUCUAGUUCUAAAUCCUAUUAGUUUAUUCUAGUUCUAAAUCCUAUUAGUUUAUUCUAGUUCUAAAUCCUAUUAGUUUAUUCUAGUUCUAAAUCCUAUUAGUUUAUUCUAGUUCUAAAUCCUAUUAGUUUAUUCUAGUUCUAAAUCCUAUUAGUUUAUUCCAGUUCUAAAUCCUAUUAGUUUAUUCUAGUUCUAAAUCCUAUUAGUUUAUUCUAGUUCUAAAUCCUAUUAGUUUAUUCUAGUUCUAAAUCCUAUUAGUUUAUCCUAGUUCUAAAUCCUAUUAGUUUAUUCUAGUUCUAAAUCCUAUUAGUUUAUCCUAGUUCUAAAUCCUAUUAGUUUAUUCUAGUUCUAAAUCCUAUUAGUUUAUUCUAGUUCUAAAUCCUAUUAGUUUAUUCUGUUUCUUAAUGAUAUUAGUUUAUCCUAUUUUUUUAAAUCCCACUUUAUUUUUUACAUUAGCCUAUUACUUUGUCACAUUCUGUGAUGAAAAACAUGAUUACUAUAAGUAAAAACAAGAGUGACACAUUUAACGUGACAUGAUUAGAGUGACCCAUUUAGUGUGACAUUUUCUAUUGUGAUACAGAUCUGGUUACGAUAUCAUUAGAGCUGACAUAUGCUAAAAUCACAACACCCAUUUAGAUAGAACUACUUUGGAAUAAAAGAAACCUAAUCAGAGAUAGCCAAAGCAGAAACAAAUUAUCCACUGCAAAGCUCUGUUUACAAAGCACAAAAGGAUUUUCUGUUCAUUAACUUAUAUAAAAUUAAUUAAUUUAAAAAAUAAGAUUAGUGUGUUUGUAAUUUAUUUCAGCCAAACUGGCAGCCCAGAGACUCAGAGACAACAACAUCACCGCCUUGUCUGUAGGCGUCACUGACGCAAUUAAUCCUUUUGAACUGAACGAGAUUAGCUUGCCUGGCAACGUGUUUCUGGUUGGCGAAUUCUACCUGUUACAAAAUGUCUUAAGCCGGCUGACUAGACAAACAUGCAGAA